AUGCUCUCUGUGCACCCGUACACCAGCCCUGCGGAUAUCGACCGUGACGCCCGGCGUGGGUCUUCCCAACUAGACUUCCGUCGUCGCAGCAGUGCUAGCUCAGUUGCCAGCAUUGGCGGCGCCGCUGCUGGCGGCGGUCCCGCGCAGUCUCCCACAAGCGCCCUGUGGGCAGCGGCGCCGGCGCCGGCUCCGGCUCCGCCGCUGGUGCCGCCUGCCGCGGUGUCCUCAACGGUUCACCGCCAGCCGCAGUAUUCAGUCGCUCAGAUGCACUCACAAGCUUACGCGAUACGUCAAAAACACGCGCGAGCCUCGAGCACAGACUCAUCUGGCACGCCCAUCCCAGGCCCCGCUGCGGCAGUGACAACCCCAGGGCCGGCCUCGGUGCCGGCGCCGGUCACAGCCGCUCAACAACAGCCGCCGCCGCCGCCCAUCGGCGGACCGCUUUAUGAGCUCAUGGAGUACGAUACACGUUACCUCCCAUACCACUACAAGUCUGCGUAUCCCAUGUGGGGUCCCGCCGGGCCCACCGCGGCAGCCGCAGGCACGGCUCCGGGCACGGCUCCGGGCGCGCCCGGAGCGGCCUACCCGGCAUACCAAUACCCACCCCCCGCAUGGAACUCCUACCAAGCGCCGCAUCACGUGUGGAACGGCCAGCCAGCGGCUUCCUCCGGCGGCUAUCCGCACAUGCAACUACAGAUCCCAACACAGUUGCCUCAGCAACCGCAGAUGACAACAUCCCAGCAGCAGCAGCAGCAACAGCAGCAGCAACAGCAACAACCACAUCAACCUCAACAACCUCAACAACAGUAUCAGUUCCAGCAACAACCGCAGCAACCGCAGCAACCGUCACUUCACAGACAAUCGAUAUCCCACAGACAGUCGCAAGGGUUCUCUGCUGACCAAUUCCCAAGCGCUUUGGCGGCUACUGAACUACCGCUCUCCGCUUACGCACCAGAUCCUCGCAGUGGUGCGCAGCUAGCUGGUAGACCAUACGUCGUUGCAGCGGCGCCGGGACCGGCAGCAGCGUCUGCACCGUUUGGCCUGGGCGCUGUAGGCAUCGGCGCGGGCGCCGGCGCCGGCGCCCGCGGCCCAGCGCCCUACUCCGGAACCGGCUCCGACCGUGGCUCCUUCGAUGACACUGGAUCGUCAAUGGCCAUGCUGUAUCGCUGCAGUAUGUGCGAAAAGUCGUUUAAGCGCAAGUCGUGGCACCAGCGGCACUUGCUGUCACACUCCUCCUUCAAGCCGUACAACUGCCCGUGGUGCCAAAGUCGCCAUAAACGACGCGACAACCUCUUCCAGCACAUGAAGACCAAGCACGUGCACCAAGUGCUGCAGGAGCUGAUGGAGGCCGGAGACCUCGACGGCAGUAUGGGUACCAACGUCAGGCUGGCCAUCGACGACAUGGUGGCCGGCCCCAGCAUACGCACGCUCGUUCAGGACGGGCGCGUGAAAAAAGAGCGUGUGAAGACAGUGUUGAACGCGGUCAUCGCGCGCGUGCACGACGGCGAGCCAGGCCAGUAG